ACCAAAUUGCCAAGUUUCUCUCGUCACAGGAACAGUUGGUUAGAUUGUUAGAGAAGUACAAAACCAUGCUUCAAUUAUUCACAUUCUCCAUUUUUCUGUUCUCAAAUCAAUGGAAGCAACCAAGCGCCGUGAGAAGUUGCAAUGGGAGUACCCCGUCGCCAGCUUAGCUUCCAAAUUCACCUUCAUAACCAUCAGUUAUCCCCUCGACCUUGUCCAAACUAGGCUUAAAGUUAACGAUGGUCGACUCUUCUCUCAAAUUCCUAGAUACAACAACACCGCUCACGCCAUUUUCACCAUUGCUCGCUUAGAGGGAUUGAAAGGGCUAUAUACAGGCUUCCAUUCAUGGGCUCUUGGGAUAACUAUUUCAACGGGUUUAGUAGUCUUAUAUGGUAGCGUCAAAGCUAAACAAAUACAUGAUAUGAGCAGUGAGGAGAUGUUUUUUGCAGGAGCUUUGCUUUCAAAGUUGGAUGUUUAGGGCUCCAAAACCAACCAAUCUUAUGGUGGCACAUUCAUGAAUGGUUUCCUUCACCUGUUGUCAGCUUUGCUUGUGCACAAAUCCUAUUCUGGUAGUGAAGACAAGACUGCAGCUUCAGACGCCUCUUCAUCAGGCACGGCCAUAUUCUGGGCUAUAUGAUGCAUUUAUGACCAUAAAGAGAGAAGAAGGAUUCAGUGCACUUUUCAGAGGGAUUGUUCCUGGUUUAUUUGUGGUCUCUUAUUCUGCUAUUUACUUGACAGCAUACGAGAAGCUUCGUAAAACUAUUGUCGAUUUGAAGACCAAAGGAAGUAAAAUACAACAUCAAAACCCUGAUCAAAUCUUGAAUUCUGUUGAUUUUGCUGUUCUUGGAGCAACAACAAAAGUUGCUGCAAAACUCCCAACCUAUCCAUUUAAUGUUAUACGGACUCGUUUGCAGCAACGACCUGAUGGUGAUGGGAUACCAAGAUAUAGAAACAGUUGGCAUGUUGUCAAAGAAACUGCACGAUUUGAAGGUGUCCGAGGAUUUUACAAGGGAAUCACUCCGAACCUUUUGAUAAACAUUCCUGUUGCUUCAAUGACAUUUAUUGUUUAUGAAAAUGUUCUAAAAUUACUUAAACUGGCUAAAAGGAAUGACUGAUUAUUUUCCUUUUACUUUAUGAUGAUGAUGAUGAUUUAUUCUUUCUUUCACUUU